AUGGUAGUCACCAAGCGUCAUGGUUUCCAGGAAGACGGCUCUUCCACCUAUCACGAUUCGUCUAUCGAUGAUAGGGAUAUGCAGCGGAUGGCACUUCCUCCAGAGCUUCGCGUGAGUACUCAAGAAACGUGCAGUCGUCCAGAGUCAUUAAAGAAAGAACAGCGUCGUUUCAAGCUUGCCUCUGUGAUUGGCUUUGCUUGCAUAUCCGGCGCAACCUGGGAGUGGGCACUUGUAUNCAAGUCAGGGCGGUUUGACCAAUGGUGGUUCAGGAGGUGUGAUCUGGAUCUUCCUGGCCGUGAUGAUCGGCAUGUUCACCGUGGUGCUCUCCAUGGCCGAGAUGGCGUCGAUANNGCACCAAGCGCUGCUGGACAGUACAUGUGGGUAUCGGAACUUGGUCCUCCCGGAGCGCAGCGUCUGUUGAGCUAUUUUGUUGGAUGGUUCGCCGCUAUAGGAUGGCAAGGUGCUGCUGCCAGUAAUCCUCUUGUUCUUGCUCAACAUGUCGAAGCCCUCAUCGCCUUGAAUAAUCCGACGUUCGAGGUCAAAGGCUGGAUGACAAGUCUUCUUAUGAUCGCAUGCGCAGCUCUUUCAACUUGCGUCAACGUUUACGGCAUCCGCUUCCUGUCAUCUCUGGAAGCAAUUAUGCUGGCGCUCCAUGUUGUAGGAUUUUUCGCAGUCCUCAUUCCAUUGUGGCUGAUGGGUGAGCGAAGCAGUACACACGAUGUUUUCUUCACCUUCGAAGAUAAUGCUGGAUGGGGAAGUAUCGGUACAGCUUGCUUGGUAGGCCUUUUAGGCCCCAUUAUGACGCUCAUCGGAGGUGACUCGACAGUGCAUUUGGGUGAAGAGAUCAGAGACGCUUCGCGGACCCUACCCCUGUCAAUGGUGUUCACGUCUUUGAUGAACUACGCUGUCGGCUUCAUCAUGACCAUUACUGUCAUGUAUGUCUCGUCGACAUUCGACCAGACGAUUGCCGACGCGACUGGGCAAUUUUAUGUGGCGGUGAUAUACGCUGCCACUGGAUCAAAGACCGCAACAACCAUUCUCACCGUACUCAUCUUGGUACUGUUUUUCUGUACAGCCAUCAACACAGUCACAACUUCCUCGCGUCAGCUGUUUGCUNUUGCUCGUGAUGGUGGCUUGCCAUUCUCGAACACUCUGGCGAAAGUUGACUCUAGAACUGGAUUGCCAAUCAAUGCACUACUCACGACAUUCGGUAUUACCUUUGUCUUGUCCUGGAUCAUCUGCGGAUCGAGCAUCGCUUUUCAGAACAUUACCUCGAUCACGAUUGUCGGACUUUUACUUUCGUACGGCACAACGAUCGCAACUAUGAUCUACCGACGAUGGAGUGGUGUACCAGUGCCUGCAGCUCGUUGGAGGUACCCGCAGGCCCUUGGCUAUCUAGUCAACGUGUUAGCCUUGUGUUUCGUCACGAUUGCGUUCGUCUUUGCAUACUUUCCAACUGCGCCAGACCCUUCUGCAGAGUCGAUGAACUGGAGUGUAGUAGUUACCGUGGCAGUUGUGGUGGUUGCGACAGUUUAUUAUGUCAUUCGCGGGUCAAGCACUUUUGAAGGGCCAGCGGUCAGGAUGAAGAAGGCUGAGGAUGACAGCAUGGUUGCCAUGGAGGACAUCAUAGUUCACGGAAAAUAG